UGCCGGGAUUUUGGGGGGGGGGAUUUAUGCGUUUUUACGCGUAAUUUCUGCUGUCACACUGUGGUAAUUGUGUCAUAACACAGUCCACCGCUGCAGGGGAUGCGCCGGUUUGCACCAACCCAGAUCAAGUUCCACUAGUUGAAACGCUCGCUGGUGAGAUAAAGCUUGUGUACAUUCCACGGGACAUCUCGCGACCCAUGCAGGACUGGAGAGAGCGGAUCGGAUUGUUGCAUCCGAGGGGGAAGCCGGAGGAACGUGCCCGCUGCCCCGCGGUCCACGCGAGCCGCCUGGCCACUGGAAGCCAGAGACCUCGGGCAGAUCCGCACACAAACUGGUACCAGCCGCACCACCGGCAGCAGACCGAAGGGGGGGAUCCGUGCCUUUUGCUCCACCGCGUCGCCCUGCGCGCACGGAUGAGAGUCACAGUUGAAAUGCAUGCGGCACGGUCUCGCCUGGCGUGGGAUUAACGCGUUCACCCUCGCCGCGCGUCCUUUACCAUGUUCGAACUUUGGUUCUGGCUCUUUUUCCGAGAUGCCGCUGCCGACUCCAGUCGCCGCCGGGAGAGCACAGGAGCCCGUGUUGCCGCGCUCGCCGUCGCGUUGUCGGCGUGAAUGAGACUUGUGCAUGUGCCCAUUCGACGCCUGGUGUAUGGAGCUAAACGCAGAGGAGACUUGACUUUUUAAGGGGUGUCCUUUUUUUUUUGCUCUCCUUCUUUGCCAUUUCAUGUUUUGUUGUACAGUCGACGGAAGGGGCGGACGGUGAGAUUCACACUGAGGUUGGAGAGGCAGAAGGAGACGGGGCACAUCCGUGGUUUUCGGGAUGCCUCGGCGUUCACCGGGAUCAGCACGAUGACUCCUCAUGUUGGUACCGCACUUGAGUGAGCUGGGGCAUCCUCUCCCAGGAAAAAUGCAUAUCUGGAUCCUAAAAAUAAUCCUUCUGAUUGCAUCAUCUCUGAGGCUGGUUGAGAUGUAUGACAAUUAUGGGGAGAUCUGUCGAAAUCUGUGCACGUGCGAGGAGAAGGAAGGGAUCCUGACGGUGAGCUGCGAGAACCGGGGUAUCAUCCGACUGACAGAGAUCAGCCCCGUCCAUUUCUCCAUGUACCACCUCCUGCUGACAGGGAACCUCCUGAAGAAGCUGUCAGUCAAUGAUUUCAUCAAUUACACCGGGGUGACCAUCCUGCACCUGGGGAACAAUGAUAUCUCAGAGAUAGAGUCGGGUGCCUUCAAUGGGCUCCAGGGAUUAAAAAGGUUGCACCUGAAUAACAACAAGAUUGACGUUCUUCGGGAUGACACCUUUGCAGGACUGGAGAGUUUGGAAUAUCUACAGAUUGAUUAUAACUACAUCACCAAUAUAGAACCCAAUGCCAUGAGCAAACUACACCAACUGACAGUCAUGAUAUUGAACGACAACCUUCUCUCCGUCCUGCCGCCGAAUAUCUUUCGGAACGUUCCCCUUACGCACUUGGACCUGAGGGGAAACCGGCUAAAAAUGUUCCCCUACAUCGGCCUCCUGGAGCACAUGGACAAGGUCGUGGAAUUACAACUGGAGGAGAAUCCCUGGAACUGCUCCUGCGAGCUCAUUGCUCUGAAGGCUUGGCUGGAGAGCAUAGCGUACACGGCUCUGGUGGGAGAAGUGGUGUGCGAGACCCCGUUCAGGCUCCAUGGCAGGGACCUGGAUGAGGUAUCCAAGCAGGAACUCUGCCCAAGAAGACCCCUAGAAGACACGGUCAGGCCUGCACCCCCUAGCAGCACCAAUGGAUAUUACCAGACAACACCUGCUGCUGUCACAGCCUCUGCCACCUCCUCGGCUGUUUUUAGGUCCUCGUCUAGGCCGACCAAGGGCACACGGCAAUUUAACAGAACUAGAAGUAAGCCCACAUCCCGAAUACCAGGCGGUAACCCUUACAACUAUGGCCCCAUUAUUGCUUUUCAGACCAAAUCUCCUGUGCCUUUGGACUGCCCCACUACCUGCACGUGUAAUCUGCAGAUAUCUGAAAUUGGGCUAAAUGUCAACUGCCAAGAGAGAAAGAUUGAAAGCAUCUCUGACCUAAAACCCAAGCCAUACAAUCCUAAAAAAAUGUACCUCACUGGAAAUUACAUCCCUGUGGUACGGAGAUCAGAUUUUGUCGAUGCCACUGGAUUGGAUUUGCUUCACCUGGGAAACAACAGGAUAACACUGAUCCACGACCGGGCUUUUGGGGAUUUAACCAACCUGCGUAGGCUGUAUUUAAAUGGUAAUCUCAUGGACAGGCUCACAGGAGAAAUGUUUUUUGGCUUGCAGAACUUGCAGUAUCUUUAUUUAGAGUACAACAAAAUCAAGGAGGUUGACGAGGGUACUUUCCGUUACCUCCCUAAUCUCCAGCUGCUUUUCCUAAACAAUAACCUCCUGAAAACCUUACCUGUGGGCAUCUUUUCCAGCCUCUCUCUGUCCAGGCUGAAUCUGCGCAACAACUAUUUCCAAAACCUGCCUGUGAGUGGCGUGUUAGAUCAGCUGAAGCUGCUCCUGCAGAUAGAUCUGUUUGAAAACCCCUGGGACUGCUCCUGUGACAUAGUGGGGAUGAAAAUAUGGCUGGAGCAGCUCAGCGCCGGCACUGUGGUUAAUGAGGUGGUGUGUGAGACACCCAAACGCCACACAGGAAUGGACCUACGCUCGAUCCAGUCGGAGCAGCUCUGCCCGGACUACUCCGAUGCGUACAUCUCACCAACUACCCCUACGGACGAGCCGAUGGACGACCGGGCCGUCACCACAGCCGCUCCACAGAAGUUCAACACCCCAAGCAGCACCGUCCCCCUCUCCGUCCUCAUACUGAGCCUCCUGCUUGUUUUCAUCCUGUCCGUCUUUGUGGCCGCAGGGCUGUUUGUCGUAGUGAUGAAGAAGCGCAAAAAGUCACAGAGCGACCGCACGAGCACCAACAAUUCCGAUGUCAGCUCUUUCAACUUGCAGUACAGCCUGUACAGCAACCGCUCUGGCCCGAAAGUGAAGGCCCCGGCCGGCCACGUCUACGAGUAUAUUCCCCAUCCCAUGGGCCACAUGUGCAAGAACCCCAUUUACAGGUCACGGGAAGGAAACACAGUGGAGGAUUACCGUGACCUCCAUGAGCUCAAGGUCACAUACAGGAGUACCCCAGAUGAGGAGCGGGAUAGCAGUACGAUGAGGAGCCCUACGUACAGCGUUAGCACCAUCGAGCCACGUGAAAACGCCUCGCCUGUCCCGGAUGCAGACCAUUUCUUCAGAGGCAUCCUUGAGGCUGAUAAGCAGUCCCCCCAUCAGUCCAUCCCCUCCAUGCCAGCGGGUGGCAACUUAGAGUACAAGUACACAGGGCCUGUGUCGUACACAUACAACCCAAAUUUUGAUGUCAGGCGUCAGUUCUUGCACCCGGAGAGGAUAAGAGAAACAGUGCUCUACGGCACAGCACCCAGUACUGUUUAUGUUGAGCCCAACAGAAAUGAGUAUUUGGAGCUAAAAGCUAAACUGCAGUCUGAGCCCGAUUACCUCGAAGUUCUUGAGAAACAGACCACCUUUAGCCAGUUCUGAGCAACAGAGUCAUUAAUGUAAUGAAGCUUUUUUUUUUCUUCCCCCCCCUCUCUUGACCCUCCUUGAAACACUGGCUCAGUUUAUAGGGUGCCUUGGCACAAUAAAAACAAGAAAAGCGAAGGAGUUACAACGGGGUGUGCCGAACAAUCUUAUUCUUAUUUCUGAAACAUGACAUUACAGGAAACGGAUACAGCUUUCUGAAACACAGAUGGACAAAAAUUGCUCUACUUAACUGAUGAUGCAAAAUCUAUUUUUCUAUGGUGAAGAUCGAAUAACACACAAAAUCCAAGUGUACAGGUAAAAUCUUAUCCGACUUCAUUUUCAGGAAUAUAACCAUGCAUAAGGUAUAUUGUGAAUCCGAAAAAGAAAUGUUUAUAAAAAUCACUCCCGGACAAAAACUCUGUACAGCAGAUCAUCGAAACUGUGUAGGACUCUUUUCUGCUGUAGACUGUAAGUAAGUAUUUAUUGAUAUAAUCUGCCAUGUCUUUUCAAAACUUUUGAUUCUACAUCAAUAUUACCUGUGUCAUCGUACUCCAUGAUCCUCUGGAAAAAAAGCUUAUGUUUGUUGUUUCAUUUACUGUAGCUCUGCAUUGUAAAAGUGGCUUUUUUUGAAAGUGGCACACCCCCAAUGUUCAAAAAAGACUGCGUCAUUUGAAGAAGAUGAAAAAAAAAAAAAGUGUCUUUGUAUGCUUUCUGCACUUUUUGGAAUUGGAAGGCGAGUGAGCCUUCGAUGAGCUCUCAUAAAGGAGAUUAUUAUAUUAACAA